UUCUUGGUUUCAUCAUCGAGUACAGAACUGCAUCUGAAACUUGGUCUUCUGGGAAAACUUUGUACAUUAGUGAAAGUUCAGCCAACUCAAUUAUAAUCACAGAUCUUUAUCCAUCAACAUCAUAUUAUCUGAGGAUUUCUGUGGAAAAUGCUAUUGGUCGAAGUGAAUUUAGCCAAGAAUUGUUUUUCAUAACUCGAAUGGAAGCUCCAAAAGUUGUGCCUGAAAACAUUACCGCAGUGCCUUUAGAUUCAAAAUCUGUUCGUAUAAGUUGGAUUAUUCGGGAUUCCCUUGAAACGGGUGAAGGUAAACCUCGAAAGGGAGUAAUUGAAGGCUUUUACAUUGGCUAUAAAAUUGCUUCAACACAAGGAUCAUUUACUUAUAGCACCAUGCACCUGCCUGACCCUAACGAGUCUGCCAACUCUGGCAACUCAGUGACGGAAAGCUUACUCAAUGUGCCAUCUUAUGAAGAGUCAACCAACAGAAUUGUUUACAAUUCAAACUUUAACCAACCAAAAGAAAUGAAGAAAUAUCAAACUGUCAUUUCUUCCCUGAAAAAAUCGACCAAAUAUGCGAUAAUUGUUCAAGCAUUCAACAAAGAAGGUGAAGGUCCAUAUUCAGACCAAAUUGUCGUGGAAACUUUUGCAAAUGGUAAUUCGACAUUUAACCAAAAACUUGCUUAUUCCAAUUUAGCAUUUCCAAAACUCAUCCAAAAGUAAAAUCCUUUUCCAAUUCAAUUAUAACUUUAGUGACAAUGAUUCAAGAAAAACUCUUUUUCUGUAUCAAACCAACACCUAAAGGUACAAUUAACCCAUUCUUGCACUUGAACCCAUGAAAUGGUCAACACAAAUUCAA